AUGCCCGAUAGUAUCGAAGUGCGCGAAGCUGACAAUGGAGCCCCGCUUCAACGCGUUUCGAUACGAUGUCCCGCCUUCAAUGCCGAACGUCCAGCGUUAUGGUUCGCCCAGCUCGAGGGACAGUUUCAUCUAUCCGGGAUUAACGAUGAAGUAACGAGGUAUUACUAUGCCUCGUCUCAUCUCGAUCCCAAGGCCGCUGCUGAGGUGCAGGAUAUCCUCCUAAAUGUGCCUGCCGAGAUACCGUACACAGGUCUCAAGGAGGCGCUCGUUGAACGCUUCACGCUCUCCCGGGAAGCACGACUCCAGCAACUGCUCAACCGAGAGGUAUUAGGUGACAGGAAGCCCUCGCAAUUUCUACGUCAUCUCAGGAGUCUCGACGACACGGUUCCUGACAACAUUUUACGCACCAAGUGGCUCAGCCGACUGCCGAUGACGACGCAGUCCAUCCUGGCGUCACAAGCGGACAUGGCUCUCGAUAGGCUUGCAACACUCGUCGACAAACUGCACGAGAUCCGGUAG